AUGGAAUCAUUUGGCCUCCCGUGUGAGCAUAUUAUUGCACUAUUGAUUUUUUUAGAUGUCACAGAAUUGCCAAAGACUCUAGUGGCUAAUCGAUGGACAAAGAAUGUGAAGAAAGAAAUAUGUAGCACAAAUAAGCAUCUUCCAAAAUACUGGGAUUCAUACAAGGCGUCAAGAUAUUGUGCUCUUAUGUUUCGAUAUAUGCGUUUGAGCAAAUUAGUAAGUGAGAAUCGUGAUGAUUUCAAUAACCAUAUGAAACAAGCUGCUGAUGAUAUCCGAAAGAUGGAAGAAAAAAAGGGCUCACAUGAUGGUGGAGCUACAAAUUCAAGUGAAACUGUCCAUGAGACAUUGAAGGAUUCUGCUCUAGCUAGAAUUAAAGGAUGUGUUGGGGAAUCUUCAACACGUCAAAAAAAAAGGAAGCGGACUCAAUGUUCUACUUGCAGAAAAUUCGGGCAUAAUAAGCAAACAUGUUCAAUACGUCGACAUCAUGCUAACACGACACAUUCAGCACAACAGCAAGAAUAA